CGGGCGCGCCCGAGGGCCACUGGCCCGCCGCCGGCCUGCCGCGCCCGGAUGCAUCUGUUAGCAGAGUGGAGCAUCUGCCUGCGUCCCGUAUGUGCCACAAAGCGUGCCAUGGCCAGGGAGUGCCCCUCAAAGCUGCCCUCGCCUCCUGCAAAGCCAGACCUCGCCCGGCAAGCACACGGUGCCAAGCCCACAGCUCUCCAAGGAAGAUGGCCCAGCCUGGGGGUGCACCCUGAGCACCUGCCUCUGAUCCCUCGGCCAAGUAGCAGGGAACCGUUAGCAGCCUGAGGACCGGCCGGCUGGGAGCCUCGGGGACUGCCCAGCCCUGCUCCGGGCUCACCUGCAAGAUGUGGACAGCCCUCGUGCUCCUUUGGAUUUCCUCCUGGCCCUUAUCUGAAAGUCAGGUGGUGCCCCCGCAGCCCCGGCACUCAGUCCCCAACGAGACCCGGAAUAAUUCAGUGAAAACUUCAUCCGAGGAAAUGAUUACAAGAGUCUUUGAUAAAACGACUGAAAGAAUGACUUUGGUGACAUCGUCUCCCAUCACAUUGACCAGAGGGACUUGGGUAGGUGACCCCACCUCUGCCGUGGUCACAGCAGGGAGAACACACAGGACAGACACGGCCACUUCAGCAGCAAUGAGAAAGACCCCGGACGGAGCCUCCUCCAGGCCGCCCACGCCACCCGCCCCGGCGUCACAGACCCCGACCUCCAGUGACGCCCACAGCACACCCCACACUCGGGCUCCCGGCGGCAGCAUGUUGCCAAGCACAUCGCCAACUUCCACAACGCCCACACCGACCACGGGUGCUCAAACCACUGCUUCAGCCUUGGCAAGUGCAAGCACGCCUCCGAGCACAGAGAGGCCUGGGCACACACCCGGCCACUCCACAGCCAGCCCUGCACCCCCGAGUCCCCAAGCACUUAAUGUGUCCACACAAGGGCCCACUGUCCAGACGCCCACGGCCCAGACUGGGGCUGACCCAGGAGGUAGGCCUGCACCCACCCUCCCAAAUGCAACCCCAGAGCCCACCUCCCCUUCCUUGGCUUCUGGGUCCACGACAGCGGGGGCCACCACCAAGGCGCCCAAGCCAGCUGCCAGCACAGUGCCAGCACCUGCAUCUCACACCAGCCUGGCCCCCGAGGUAGAGGCCACGACCCCCACGACACGGCCAAGCCCUGCUGGAACCACGCCGGGGCCCAGGCAGCCGGGCACGACUCAGACCCCGGAGCAGGUUGAGCCAGAAACCACACCUGGUACUGCUUCCCUGGGGCUGACCCCCGGGAGCUCAGGGGACUCCAAGGUGUCAGCCACCGAUGUGGGCCCGCUCAGCACACAAGGCAGGUACCUGGUGGUCUCCACCGAGCCCCUGGCCCAGUCCUUGGUGAACAAAAGUUUUCUCCUGGCGGUGCUCUUGCUCGGGGUCACACUCUUCAUCACGGUCCUGGUUCUCUUCGCCCUGCAAGCCUACGAGAGCUACAGGAAGAAGGACUACACGCAGGUGGACUAUCUCAUCAACGGCAUGUACGCCGACUCGGAGAUGUGAGGCCGGGGCCGAGCCCUUCCCCUCCUUCCAUUUUGCCUCUGAGACCCAACCAAGUGCUUCCAGAUUCUUUUGGUGCAAUUUAGGAGACGUGCCAGAUGCUUAAACACAUUUAAUUGCUGUCAGAUUAAUUCCACGAUCCCUAAAGAGUUGCCGCUUUUUUCAUAUUUAUUUUUGUAACGAUCGUGUCGACGAGCAGGCAGGGAUUCCGCCGUGGAGUGGAGAGGGGGUGUGGGUCCUGACCUGAAUUAAAGCAAUGACUCUUUCUGCUCA